UAGAGAGCUAUAGCGACUGGACAUGGUAACUAGUCGGGACUUUAACUGAAUUAUAAAGAGACGGGUAGUUUAAUAUGUAGAGUUUAUAACGUUGCUGUUUUUAUUUCAUUUUUUAUAAUGGAAGCACUUGCUUCCUGCUUUGCUAGGUAGCUAGGUAAAGUGAGUUUUACGCGGUUGGAAAUCAGGACGAGUCAUUGAUAACCACUUCAUCUCAAACACCGGAAACUUUUAUUGACGUGUUUGGACACGUUCGGCGAUAAAGCCGGCAUCUGGAGCUGUGGUGACAGCUCGCCGCGACUUUAUUCGUGGCACUUUACGAAGUGGCGAAGCUUCUGCGGCGGCAGGUUUCACUAUGACAGAGCGGACCCCUCUCCUCCACUACCGCCUCUCCACCAGCGUCAAUGAGUCCGAGCAGCGGCCGCCUCCGGCCGGGCAGGCCCGAGGGGAGAAGCCGGCGGGCAGCCCCAGGCAGAGGUCCGCUCAGGAGCCCAAGAAGCUCAACAUCUUCUUCGGGGUGGUUAUCCCCACCUUGCUGUCUAUGUUCAGCGUGGUGGUGUUUCUCAGAAUAGGGUUUGUCGUGGGACAUGCUGGACUGUACCAAACUAUUGCCAUGUUCCUGGUUGCCUACUUAAUCAUCAGUAUGACCGUGCUGUCAGUCUGCGCCAUCUCCACCAACGGAGCCUUGGAUGCCGGGGGAGCCUACUACAUGAUCAGCCGUGCGUUGGGUCCAGAGUUUGGAGGCAGCAUUGGCAUCAUGUUCUUCCUGGCUAAUGUGUGCGGCUGUGCUCUCCUCGUGCUGGGUCUGGUUGAAGCCAUUUUGGACACAUUUGGAGUACCAGAAGACGGGAGCGCAGCCACUUCUCAUUACCAGAUCCUGCCUUCGGGCUACUGGUGGGCUCUGCUUUACGGCACCGGCGUCGCCUUGGUUUGCCUGUUGGUGUGCAUGGUGGGAGCCGCCAUCUACGCCAAGGCCACCUUCAUCAUCUUCCUGGUGGUCAUGAUUGUCCUGGCUACCGUCUUCAUCAGCUUCUUUGCCGUGCACCCUCGGAACGUCGUUCUGCCCAGCGCCGCUGCCCUCCACCCGCAACCCAACAUAACAACGGCCAACUUCACCGGCUUCAAGUUGGACACGCUGCUCAAUAACCUGGGGGCCGGCUACGCUCAAGAUUACACGACAGGAAACAUGAUGACCUUCGCCACCGUCUUCGCCGUCAUGUUCAACGGCUGCACCGGCAUCAUGGCCGGUUCCAACAUGUCAGGCGACCUGAAGAACCCCAGCUACUCCAUCCCACGCGGCACCAUCACGGCCGUCAUCUUCACCUACAUCAUCUACAACCUGCUCAGCGUGAUGGUGGCCUGUACUUGCGAACGCGAACUGCUCCGGAGGGAUUACAGUUUUCUGAGGGACAUCAACUUCUGGAAGCCUUUCGUCACCAUCGGGGUGUAUUCCUCCACGCUCUCUGCUGCCAUGAGCAACCUCAUCGGGGCCUCGCGGAUCCUCUACGCCCUGGCCAGGGACGACUUGUUUGGUAAAGUGCUGUCUCCAGCUAAGAAGACAUCUCGCAGUGGCAACCCCUGGGUCUCCGUGCUCAUCUCCUGGUUCCUGGUGCAGCUGGUACUGUUCGCGGGGAAGCUCAACACCAUCGCCGCCAUUGUGACCAUUUUCUUCCUGUUGGUGUAUGCUGCCGUGGAUCUGGCUUGCCUCGCCCUGGAAUGGGCCUCCGCACCAAAUUUCAGGCCCACCUUUCGGUACUUCACCUGGCACACGUGCGUGUUGGGCAUCAUCGGCUGCGCCAUCAUGAUGUUCCUCAUCAACGCCAUCUACGCCUCGGCCAGCAUCGCCUUCAUGCUGCUGCUGCUUCUGCUGAUUCACUACCUCAGUCCCUCAUCCAGCUGGGGCUACAUCAGCCAGGCUCUCAUUUUCCACCAGGUGCGCAAGUACUUGCUGAUGCUGGACGUGAGGAAGGAUCACGUCAAGUUCUGGAGGCCUCAGAUCCUGCUGAUGAUUUCCAACCCUCGCAGCAGUGUGGGCCUCAUCACCUUCAUGAACGACAUCAAGAAGAGUGGCCUCUACGUUCUGGGACACGUCCAGCUGGGUGACCUCAACACGUUGCCAUCUGACCCUCUGCAGUCCCAGUAUGAGUCCUGGUUGUCCUUGGUGGACCAUCUAAACAUCAAAGCUUUUGUCAACCUGACAUUGGCGGAUUCUGUACGUCAUGGUAUCCAGCAUCUCCUCUUCAUCUCAGGACUUGGCGGUAUGCGUCCUAACACCCUCGUCCUGGGUUUCUAUGACGACUCUCCUCCAAGCGACAAGUUGGUUGAUCCGUGUCAGUCCACAGAUACCUCAGGUGUAUCUCAGGAGCUUGAGGAACCUCCUCUCUUCCAUUUUUCCUCUCUUAGGGGGUCCGGUGACAGACAGGACUAUGGUGAAUUUGAUAAUGGGAAAGUUAUAGGCCCCCAGGAGUAUGUGGCCAUCAUUGCUGACGCUAUGAAAAUGCUAAAGAAUGUGGUGCUAGCUCGAUACUUCAACAACUUCGAUCGAACCCAGGCCCUCUCGCCUUCAGGGAAGGGAGCUGUGUAUGUCGAUGUCUGGCCGGUCAACCUCCUGCGUCCGGACAGUUCUAGCUACGUUGAUACCUGUUCUCUGUUCCUGCUGCAGCUAGCGUGCAUCCUCAACAUGGUCAAAGCCUGGCGCAAAGCUAAACUGCGUCUCUUCCUGUGCGUGGAAGAGGGACGCAGCGUGAGAGGUUCAGAGGAGAAGCUAGGCCAGCUGCUGAAAGAGUUGAGAAUUAAAGCCCGGAUCCAUACGGUACCCUGGGACCAGCAGGUGGCGCUACACUGGCAGCGGCAAGGUGACUGGAGCAAGAAACAACAAUCACAAUCCCUGGCUUCCGCUACAGAAGACGAUGCGCUGAGAGCUGAUGAAGAGGACGAGAACGAAGAUGAUUAUGUUAAUAGCUUCCCGAGCAACGCCACGCGCCUGUCCAAUGACUACCUGUCGGCUGUAAACAAGCUGAUCCUGGAUCAGGCCCGUCCGCCACCUGCCGUGCGUUUCCUGUACUUGCCACGCCCCCCAGCUGACACUCGCCGCUACACUGCCUAUUUACACCAGCUGGAGCUGCUGACUCAGGAUCUGGGCCCCACGCUGCUCAUCCAUGGUGUCACGCCUGUCAUCACCACUGAUCUUUGAACACUCCCCUUCCUGAGAGAUUCAGCAAAGCGUGCCUUAGAAGCUGGGGGCCGUGAGUUUUGCAGCGUUCCUCAGUGAAGAUCUGUGGACCUCAGCACUGCCUUAGUAAUGAACAGAGGAAUCCCUUGAAAUUUGACCCAGGUGGAGACAUCGCUGCUCACUCACCAACAACAUCUGCACUGCCUCGUACAAAAGUCUCCCACAUGCAACUAAUUAUAUACUAUUUAAAAUGAGGAUCAUAUAAUGUGUGACAUAUUUAACCUGAACCCUGGCUAUCACUAAUACUUUCUUAUUUAAUCUGUGUUGUCUUCAGUGGCAGUUCUGGUAUCCAUCGAGCACCAGAAACCACAUGGACAUUUUUAGGUCAACCUUAUGGCGAUUUAAGUACAACAUGAUCAGACUAUGAAUUAAUGUGCCAGAUUACAUGAUAUUAAGUCAGUAUGGGGGAAAACAUGGGAUAAAGGUUGAAUCUGCGGUGCCAGCUGAUGAAUCAAAAUCACUAUCAAACAGCACAUGAUGUUCUUUUUAACCCAUCCGGACCAGUUCUUGGCAAAUGUGUUCAUGAGCUGACAGGCCCAUGGGAAAAUGUACACUUCAAUGACUGCAGUUAUGAAUAUAUUAUUUAUAUUGAUCACUUUAUAAAAAUGAACAAACCCUAAGAUUUCCCAUGAAUUAUCACUACCAGUGUUGUAUAAUAACGUCCAAAACACCAAAGCCAAAAUCUCAACAAAGUUUGUUGAAUAUGCUCAAUCAGUCCAAUAAUCUGAAAUGAGAAAAGACAAAAGCGACAAGGCCAUGAAGAUUUACCCUCUGUCACAUUGUCAUCAGUGUCUCCCAAUUUCUAUAGUAAAACUUUUUACUGUAGAACUUAGCUAGGCUGGUUCAUGCCUUGUUGAAUUGGUCCAACUCAUCUAAAUUUCAUGUUUUUUUAUCCUGUGAUUGACAAUAGAAUUAAGAUGUUAAAUAUUAGAGGGCCAGUCCAGAUCAAUGAUUUUAGCAUCUUUUAAAUCUCGACUAAAAAAUGUACUUUGGGUCUGUGUCUGCCUGGAAGAACCUACGACGACCUAAAGCCAGACUGGCAGCAGAAAGUCUUUUGUGUUUGGUGACCCCAUGAACCUGAACAACAAGCUUCCCUGAAGCAGCAUAACUGCUACACAUAGCUGUGGACAUGUUUUUAGUAUGGGAACUGUGAUUAUAGAGUUGAAGGCCUCUUCUAUCCUCAGCCAGAAGAAAUCAACAUCCAUGUGCACAAAUACAUCCACUUCCAAAACUCAAGUCCACCGUAGCGAAGAACCAUCACAAGAGUCUUCCUUGACACUUCAGAAGGGCCAGUUCAGCAACAAUCAUCCUUGUAGUGACCCAAGACCUCUUGUUGGCAUUUCUGAUGAAUUUCCUGUCCUCUUCCUCUUCAUCAUCUUACGACCAUGCUCAAGAUUCUACCAUGUAAUGUUCGGCCGUUCUAGACACUGUGUGCGACAGGUUCUCCAUCAUUUAGGUCAUGGUACAUCCAAAAAGCAUUUAGAAACCCAUCCACAAAUUACAGAUUACCGGAGAGCAACACAUUGGAAAACGAUUCAGUGGUCCACUUACACCUGGAGGGCAAAAGACGCUCCUUUGAAGAUAACAAUGUCCAAGUCUUAGCCAGUGACAAGAUAUGGUUUGAAAGAGGAGUAAAGGAAGCCAUCUAUGUCAAAUUUAAUAAUAAUAAUAAUAAUAAUAAUAAUUUAAACAGAGGAGGUCUAUAUUAAUUUACAAAACAGGCCUAACCCCAACCCGCACCCUAACCACUUUCACACCUUGAGACUUGAGCCUCUGACUAAAAAGGUGUUGUUAGAGUAACAUUCAUAGGGACUGGAAAAAAGUCUCCCCAUACGUUAAUGGACAUAAGUUGUGCCAGUCUCUAAUCAAGCAAGUUUCUGAUGGAUUAUACCAACAGAUGUUCCUAUUUAAACCUCAACUUCCCACCAGUAACAUAGAAAUGAAGGAGCUACUUGGAUGUUUGGUGAAAUGCCUUCUCAAAAAAAAACAAAAAAAAGUUAAAAAAAAAAAAAAAGUUAAAAAAAAAAAAAGUCCAUUUGCCUUAUUAAAUGCUUUUUGGAUGUUCAAGAUGCUGUUAAAUGCUUUGAAAUGAUUGUAUGUCCAUCCACCCAAAGAUGUGCCUCCGUCACUUUAUUUAGGAGGUUCAUAUUUUCUUUUUUUCCUAUUGGCAUAAUGACAAUGACUUGUUCGAAAGAUUCUUUAUAAUCUAACAACUCUUUGAAGUGCCACUGGCCACGUGCAUUGUCCCUUAUUUAGCUCAUAUCUGACUGAUUGGGCCAGUAAGGUGCGAUGGUGUUCAAGUGUGGUUUGAAACAAAACUUUUGGAUUUUGCUUCAUUAUCACACGGGGGGCUGAUCAAAUUUGAUGUUUGAAAAAUGACUGUUCCACAUGUCUUUAGAUGAAAAUAUUCUUCGCUAGCCAGGGAGCUGAAGCUGGACUGUUAUUAUUUGAAGGAGUCACUUGAAGGAAAUCUGCUGUUCCAUUUUAGGAGUUUGGAUCAAAGGAAACAACUGAACAUUAGCGGCAAUGGUGCUACCAUGGAAGUCUGAAAAGUUUAAUUCCAAAACUAAAUUCAUGUGGAAUCUCAGGACAACAUUCCUCUUUUAUCCAAAAAUGCACUUUGUCCAUUCUCCGCCAAACUACAUGUUGUACAGCUUUCCAGAAGUAUCUUAACAUGUUUACAGGACCAAUAACUACUGUGAUCAAGCAGUGCUAUUUUAUUGAUUGUUUUUUUUUUUUGUAAGUCUGUAGGUACUAAUCACUCUCAAUUUCUACUCACUAAUGACCAUGUUUCUUGACCAGCUUGAUUCUCAUGUGCCUGAGUGAGUUUAAAGGCAUUGGCCUAUACCCAGAGUACUUGGUACAUUUUAAAUGAAUUUACGUAACUUUUGCUGAACUUUGCCGCACAAUCUGCUUUUAUGGGAUAUUUUGUAAUUACUAGAUCAUAGGAAGGUACACGCUGUUUCACCACUGUGGCCUAGGCUGAAGGGCAGGGCUCCCACAGUAACUGCUCGUAGAAUGGAUUCAUUCAAUUCAGUAGUUUAAACAAAUCUUUCUGACGCUGAUUUCAAAAUGUUUGGGAGUCCAUAUCUGAAGAGAGGCUGCGGCUUAAAUCUGGACUCCCCUUGACAUCCAUUGACGUGGUUUAGAAGGAGACACAUGUUUACUUGCUGGCCAAUCGGAGCCGCUCUCUUUGCGCUGAUAGGUUCCGGUUUGGACGCUCCUUAACAAACCACUGACACUACGUUUCUUCAAAUCUUUGUCAAGGAUUUCUGUUUUCCAACUUACAGCAGAACAAAAACAAAAUCUGCACACUUAAAUGAAGAAAUUAAACAUUCAGUGUUGGGAUUACUGUUGACAAAUGAAAUGCUUCAACUUUACUUGGUGUAAGCUGAAAUAACAAAAAAAAAAGGCAAUAAAAUGUUUUUAUGUUUCA